AUGGGGAAAUUCGAAGACCAACUUAAUUUUAUACUAAAAGAAGAGACUCAAUAUGCUCAAGUCCCUGUAUUUAUCGGGGUUGUUAUGAAGGUUCAUGAUACAGGAAAAGGAAGUGACAAAAGAUUUUUAAGUAUCACUGCAAACAAAAUAGAAUACUACAAAAGCAAAUCAGUUCCACAACACGAUCGCAACCAUAAGUGGUCGGAAUUAAAAAAAUUCGCAAAAAACGGAAAUAGAUUAGAAUUUUACUUCAAUUCAAAUGAAAAAUCAGAUGAAAUGAUGAGAUUCGAAUCACAUGAAGCUGAUUACAUUCUUGCAAUUAUAAAAUCUUUACUAUUCCGUAUUUAUACUUCAGAUGAAUUAGAAUCAAUUGGAUUUAAUCCGAAAGAUCCUGAUAAACUCGAAUUUUCAACUUUCGCACUGAUACAACGUCUUACUACCAUUGCCGAAAAGACAAAAUGUCCUCUACCUUUUAAUUCAAAUUUAUCUGACUUUAUUCUCAACAAAUUUGCACAUAACUUGCCAGAUAUAGUCUUUCCUAAUUCAGAUGAACUGUCUCCUUACAUCAAACCAGUCUUCCAAACGAUGUUUCUCAAAAAAGAUUUAAUAUCAAUUUCAAUACCGAAUAUAAAAUUAAAUAACGAGUCAUUUUACGCUUAUCUAGGUCAGAUAUUACAGAAAAACUACUCUCAUCUUACUCAUUUCGGUGUUAGUAACCAAAUUGAUGAAAAUUUUGGAAAAUUUUUAGAGAACCUGCCAAAACUAACAUCAUUGUCAUUUACAGGAACUAAACUUGAUAGUUCAGUCCUUGAAAAGCUCCAACAAAAAGUUUUAUCUGAUAAAAUUAUUUCAUUAACUUUUAAUAACGCGUUUACCGAUGAUGGCUUGGAUUAUUUGUACAAUAAGUUCUUUACAGAAGAAGUUUCGAAGAAUUUGAAGAUGAUUAAUUUUGAUUUUUCAAAUAAUUUAAAUUUUUCAAAGGUUUUGGAACAAAUUCCCAAACUAGAAUCGAUAUCACUUGCAGGAGUACGUGAGAACGCAUCAGAUUUGUUGAAUAUCAUUCACGAAAAGUCAAAUAAAACAAUAAGAAUGAUAAAUUUAAGUCAAAAUGAACUGAAAACGAAAAUUUCACCGAAAAAGUUCGAAAACUUGAAAAGAAUUGAUGUAAAUUCAGUCAUUUUCGAACCAGAAAUUUUCGAAUCUUUUAUUGAAUUUUUGAACAUGAACCAGACAUUGCAGAUCAUCCACAUGAAGAAUAUAAGUGUUGAUGAAUACGAAUUUGCUGAAAAUUUGAAAAAAUUGUCGAAUAAUUUGGUCGAAUUAGAAAUCGGACAUCCGUAUUUGACCAAAGAGAUAAUUGAUGUAAUAACAAGCCUUCCUAAUCUAAAGGUUUUGAUUUUGAACAACGCUUUCAACAAAUCUGAAAAUUUAAUCGUUAAUUACUUCUCAGAAAAGGUUUUGAACAACAACACAUUAGAGAAAAUCGUGUUUGUUAAUAAUAACAUCAUAAUGAAGCCGGUUUUGGAGAGUUUAUUGACUUUAUCGAAAUUAAAUUCUUUACAUUUCAUAAAAACUCCGAUAAAAAGUGCUGAUUUCGAUGUUUUGAAUGUUUUGGUCGGAAAAAUUUCGUUUUCUGAGUUAGUUUUGGAAAAUGACCACUUUGAUAGCAUUUCUUUACUUGACAAUCUCAUGGAAACUGCUUGUAUGAGGUCGCAUCCAAUAAGGAUUGCUUUGCCUUUCAGUUUUCUUAAGGAAGUUUCGAAAUUUUCCGAAUUAACUUACAAUGAAGCACAAAAUAUCAAAAAGAAAGCGUUUACUGCCGCAAAUAUUAAGGUAGGAAGUGAGUUUUCCGUAGUAAAUGAAGAAAAUUUUCAACAAUUUAAACAAGAAAAUUUCAAAUGGUCUCCAAAGAACCCUUUAGCACCUUUAAACAGGUUCGAAGACAUUGUAUAUGUUAAUACAAAUACCGAAUUUCCUUUAUACUUCAAUUCUACGGCAAGAUUAAUUUUAUCCGGCCAAAUCGAUUCAAAAACUGUAAAAAUCGUCAAGGAAUCGAUGCCACCUCCUCCAUCACAGAAGCCAAGACCUCCUCCACGAAGAAAAUCCCAAAUUGUCCACUCACAAUUAGUUGAAUUUCGAAAAGAAAGUAACGAUGACUUGAAACAGUUCCAUUCUGCAACAAAGAUACAAAAAAGAAGAGUUUCUUUGUCAAAAAUUGAUGAUUAUCAAAAUAAUAAUCAUAAUAUUUCUGAAUCGAACUAUAGUUCAUCAAUUAAGGAUACAUAUUCGUAUUCUACCCCAUUUACGUCAUCCAGAUCUGUUUCUAAGUUUGAUGAAAGGUCAUAUGAAUCUUAUACAAAGAAAUCAUAUGAAUCUCAAUCAGAUAGUCAAGGAAACAAUCAAAUAAUUGUCAAUCCUGAUUCUAAAAAGUCUGAUUCAGAAAAUACCAAAAAUAAUUUUCAAGAAAAUCAGAAAAUUUCAUCAAGUUCUGAUGAAAAAUCUUCAGAAAACAACAGAACCAAACUAGAAAACGAGAAAAUUUCAGAAAAUGAAAAUAAUUCUGAAAAAUUAACCGAAAAAUCUUCAAGUUCUGAACAAAAUGAAUCGGAAAAACAAAAUUCUGAAAUACUUUUACCAGAAAAGAAGAAAAGUUCACAAAAUGAGGAAAAUUCUGAAAAUAAUUCCGAAAAAUCAUCAAUAUCUGGUGAAAAUUCUUCUAGUUCUGAACAAAAUGAAUCAGAAAAACAAAACACUAAAGUAAUUUUGUCAGAAAAGAAGAAGAUUUCGGAAAAUAAUUCGAAAUCAAACGAAAAAUCUCCAGAAAAGAAGAAGAAACUGUUUGAUUCUAGUGAUUCAUCAGACACAGACAGUGAAGAACAGCUAAAUCAUGUUUCAAAGAAGAGAAUUGAUUCAGAUUCUUCAGAAACAGAAGAAGAAAUCAAACAAAAAGUAGUUUUACAAUCAGAAAGUGAUGAUGAUUCAAUUCCUGCACCUAAGAACUUAAACAAUUUACUUGCUGCAUCAAAUUCAUAUGAAGAAGAUGAAGAAGAAAGUAAAAAUAACUUAGUUAAUUCUCCUCCUCGUUUAGUUGUUUCUAACAAGAGAAGAAAACUUUCUUCAUCUGAUUCUGAAACUAAAAAUAGUUCUGAAUCAGAAAUAGAAAUUAAAAACAACCAGAAACAAAAGAAAAGACUGAGUUUUGAUGAUUCUAGUUCUGAUAAUGAAGAAAAACAUAAAAAGAAAAAUGUUUUCGAUAGUUACGACUCAGAAGAUAGAAAUCAAAAGAAGAAAAGAAUUUUGGAUUCUUCUAGUUCUGAAUCAGAAGAAAUCAAAAAGAAAAAUGUAUUUGAUUCAUCUGAAAAUGAUGAAGAAAUUAAAGGAAAGAAAAAGAUUUUGGAUAGUUCUAGUUCAGAAAAUGAAAAUGAUGAAGAGAAAAGAAAUCAAAAGAAAAAGAAAUUGGUUGAUUCAAGUUCUGAUUCUGAAGAAGAAAAUAAUGAAAAGAAACAAAUAAAUGAAGCGAAGAAAAAGAUUUUAGAUAGUUCUAAUUCUGAAGAAGAAAAAGAAAUUAAAAUUAAGAAAGUUGAUGAAUAUAGUUCUGAAACUGAUAAAGAAAAAGAACUUAUUAAUAAAGCAAAGAAACGAAUUUUAGAAAGUUCUAGUUCUGAUUCUGAUGAAGAAAAUAAAGAAAUUAAAGAAAAUCAAAAGAAAAAGAUUUUAGAUGAUUCAAGUUCAGAAGAAGAAGAAAAUAAAGAAAAAGAAAACAAAGGAAAGAAGAAAAUUUUUGAUAGUUCCAGUUCAGAUUCAGAAGAAAAAGAUGAAAAAGUUAAGAAACAUGAUGAUUCUGAUUCUGAUGAAAAUUAUGAAAUUAAAGAAAAGAAAAUUGAAAUAUCACAAAAUGAAGAAAAAAGAAAUCAAAAGAAAAGAGUUUUACUUGAUUCUAGUUCUGAUUCAGAAGAAAAAGAAAUCAAAUUAAAGAAACCAAAUGAAAACAAACAAAUUACAAAUGAAAAUGAUGAUGAAAAACCGAAAAAGAAACAUGUUUUGUUUGAUUCAAGUUCAUAUUCAGAAGAAAAACCUAAAAACAAACAAGAAAAAACAGAAAGUUUACUUGAUUUUGAAUCAGAAAAAGAAAAAAUCAAAACAGAAGUUGUUGCUGAAGAAAAGUCAAGUAAUCACAGCAUUCACAGAAAAGUACAGAUAGAGACAUCAAGUAGUGAUGAAGCAAAUACAAACAGAUCUAAAAUUUUUGACAGUUCAAGUGAAGAAAACAAAAAACGGAGAGAAUCUGAUUCUUUGAAAGAGUUUGAGUCAGAAAACAAAUACAUAAGAAAGAAUCCAUUAGUUUCUUCUUCAUCUACUGAGUCAUUUGAUGAAUUAGAAACAAAGAACAAAAAGAUAAACAUUGAAGAUUUAAUUGCUCCUCCAAUGAAAGAAGAAAUUCCUGAUUCUAGUUCUGAUUCUGCUUCUGAUUACAGUGAUGACAAAGAAGUAGAAAUAAAACCAAAAACAAAUUCAACAAAAAGAGUCAGUUUCAUCAUUGACGAACCUCUUCCUCAGCCAAGAAAAUCUCCUUUACUAGACUCCUCUUCUGACUACUCUGAAUCAACUGGAGAAUACGAAAGCGACUUAAACACAUCUGAUUCAGAUGAAAAAUCUCAAAAAUCUGAUGAAAAAUCUCCAGAAAAACAAGAAAAAUCAGAUGAAAUUGUUGAAAAUGAUGAAAAGAUUAUAGAAAAGCAAGAGAAAUCUAAAGAAAAAUCUCAAAAAUUACAUGAAAAAGAAGAAAAAUCUCCAGAAAAACAAGCAAAUUCUCCUAAGAAACAUGAAAAAUCAGCCGAAAUUGUUGAAAAUGAUGAAAAAGUUGAAGAAAAAAUUAAAGAAAAAUCUCAAAAAUUACAUGAAAAAGAAGAAAAAUCAGAUGAAGAAGUUAAAGAAGAAGAGAAAUCGAAUGAAGAAAUUAGAGAUAAACAAGAAGAAAAAGGAGAAAAGUCUAUUGAAGUUGAUGAAAAAUCCGAAGAAAAAUCAGAUAAAAAACAUAAAAAAGAGAAAUCAAAGAAAGAAAUCUCUGAAAAGAAAGAAAAAUCAAAUAAGAAAGAAGAAGAAGAAAAAUCUGAUGAAGAAAUUGUUGAAAAACCACAGAAAUCAUCUAAAAAACAAGAGAAACAUAAAAAAUCAAAUAAAAAACAAGAAAUCAAAUCUGAUGAAGAAAAUUCAGAUAAGAAUGAACAUGAAGCAUCGAAAGAUUCAAUAAAUGAAGCACUGAUUAAUAUUGUUCCUAAAAACACGAAAAAUUUGUUGAAUUCUCUUAAUUCUGAUGAAAACAAAUCAGAAUCAGAAAAAGAAGAAAUUCUUCCUCCUCCAAAAAGAAAAUCAUUAAAUAUCGAUUCUGAUGAAGAAAAAGAAGAAAUAAAACAUACAAAAACUUCUUCUUCGUCAUCAAUUGAUGGAUUAAAUAGUUCUAAAUCUGAUUCUUCAUCUUCAAAUGAAGAAAAUCAAGAAAUUAAUCUCAAAAUUCCAAAAUCUAUUGGAGAAAUCAAGAAGUCAUCAACAGAUAAUGAUGACUAUUCUAAUAAUCAUAACCAAAGUGAUGCUUCCAAAGCAAAUUCCCAAAUUGAAAGAGAAUUUCUGAAAUCUAAUGAGGAAGACUCAAAGAAGAACUUCGUUGUAGCACUAUCUGAUGAUGGAAGUGACACAUUGACACAAAAUGUCCAAGAAAACAAUGAAGAAUUCGCAUUAUUAAAUAAUAAAUCUGAUUCUUCUGAGAAAAGUGAUGAUGGAAGUGCAACAGAUGUUUCUACAAUGAAUAGUAAUAGAUCUAAAUCAAAGAAACAAGAAAAGAAGAGAAAUAAUAAAAAUAUUUCUCCAGAAGAGAAGAAAGAGCCAAUCGAUGAUAAAAAUGAAAAUAUUCCUAUUGAGUUUAGCUUUGAUGAUGAAUUAUCUCACGAAGACUCAAAAAUUAGAAAAUUAUUAAAUUCAUCUUCGUCUUCUGAUGAAGAAAAGCCAGAAAACAAGGAAGAACCAAAGCCAAAAUCAAUCAAUUCGCCACAAAAAUCCUUAAACGAAAAAUCUCAACCAAUAAUAAGAAAAUCUUCCUUGAAACAUCAGCCAAAAGAAGAGAAACAUGAAGAUUCAUCUUCUUCUGACUCCGAUUCAGAUGACGAAUCGAAUUUAUCAUCUAAAUUAGGUGAUAAUCAAAAUUCUUUGAAAUCCAAUAGUAUUUUAUCAUUAUCGAGUCGAUCACAACCUGAUUCUAGUUCUUCUUAUGCACAACCGACCAAGUUGUACAUGAAAUUGUCGAAGAAAAAUUCAAGAUCAAAGAAAGUUUCUUCGAAAUCACAAAAAGAAGAUUCUGAAAAGAAUUACGAAGACAUUCCUUACACUCCUCCUUCUUUCGAGUUUCCAAUUGAAUUUGAGACAAUUCACACGAAAGUUAUCAUUCAGGAGAUAGAAAACAGGACAAGCUUGGAGCAGAUUCUCAACAAUCUCAGGAAUGGUCAUUAA